GCUCAUCCAGUUCAUUUCAGACCCACCCUCUCUCCGACAGAUCUAAAUUCGCAUUUUCAUCAGGUGAGCUCCUUGACUCGGAUCCACACACUGGAUAACCGCGUGCCGAUUUAAACUGUUUGCGUAUUAAUCAAAAGAAAACUAAAAUGGAUGUUGAGGAGCUUAAGAAGAUGGAAGAUGAAGAAUCUUCUGUCAUGAAAACGAUGAAAGGGGCAACCACCGGGUUUGUUGCUGGCACUGUUUGGGGUAUGGUUGUUGCUACUUGGCAUGAUGUACCCCGUGUCGAAAGAAGUAUUGCACUUCCUGGUUUGAUCCGGACACUGAAGAUGAUGGGUAACCAUGGAGCGACAUUUGCUGCUAUUGGUGGAAUCUACAUGGGGGUGGAGCAGUUAACACAGAAGCAGCGUAUGAAAAGAGACUAUAUUAAUGGAGCAGUUGGAGGAUUUCUUGCUGGUGCCACUGUCUUUGGCUUCAAAGGGAGGAGCGUUUCAUCAGCCUUGUCUGCAGGAGGUGCAUUCGCAGCCACUUCUGCCAUCCUCGAAGUAUUAGGUAUUGAGAAAAGGGAGACUGGCAGGGUUAAUUAUGUCUACACCCGCGAGAAAAGGCCUAACCCGAAUAUCAACUAGAUACUGAUGGUGCAGUUCCAGUUGAGCUAUUUGUGAAACUAUACUGUACUGAGCUUUGUUUUGCGUUACCAUUACAUAUGGUAAAUGACCAUUUAAAUAAAUUUCAUGUACUUUCUUUGAGGAGGACAAUCAUUAUUUACGAAGAAUUUGUGGUUAAAAA